UGCAUGGCAAGGCAAAUCUUUUAUAUAUAUAUAUAUAUAUAAAUAAACAGGGCAGACCUUGGAUUGGAGACACGGGCAUCUGAGAAAACUAGAGGGUUCUUCACAAAAACACCUAGCUUUUGAUAAACAAUUUCUCUGGAGCCAAGCCAUAAGGGAAUCUGAGAUUAAGCAGCAUUUGGCAACAAAUCAAGAGAUGGAAGACAAUUCUGAAUCCAUUGCUAAGGAACAAGAAAGGGUGGAAAAGGAGGAAGUCCAUGUCCAAGUGAAGAACAAGGUUAAAGAACCAAAUAAAGAGAAGGAAGAGAAGGAGGAGAUGGAGCUUGAAUUGAAGAAAAAAUCAGUGGUGAAAGAAAAUCCGAAACAUAAAGAAGGCAAGGAGGGAAAACAUAAAGAGAAAGAUGGGGAGAAAGGGAAGGGGAAAGAGACAGAGAAAAAGGAAAAAGAAAGCAAGGAGAAGGAAGAGGUCAAAGAGAAAAAGAAAAAGGAUGAAGGUGAAAAGCAUGGAAGGAAAGAGAAAGAUGGGGCUAAGAAGAAGGAAAAAGAGGUCGAGGAUGCUGUGGGUGAACAGCGGGAGGAUAGUGAAAUAGCUGGGAAAAUGAAGGAAAAAGGAGAUAAAAAUAAGGAGAAAAAAGAAAAGAAAGACAAGGAAAAAGAGAAGAAGAAGAAGAAAGAGAAAGUUGGUAAGUCAGAGGAAGAAGAGAAUAAAGAGGAGAAAAAAAUAAAAGAUGAAAAAGAGAAGAAAGAGGAUAACAAGGACUCGAAGGCAGAAAAAGAUCAGAAAGAAAGCAAAGAUGAAGAAGUGAGUGUCAAGGAAGAGGAAACACACAAAGAGAAAGGUGAAGAAGGGAAGAAGAAAGGGAAAGUGAAGAAGGAGAAAGAGAAGAAGGUCAAAGACAAAGAAGAGAAGACAGAAGUAGAGAAGGAGAAGGGAAAAGAAGAUGAGAAAGUAGAGAAAAAGAAGAAAACAAAAGACAAGGAGAAGAAAGAGAAGAAGCAUAGUGAUGAAGUGGAUGAAGAGAAGUGCAAAGGUGAGGUUACCACAAGGGAGGUAGAGAUAGAAGGAAGUGUUAAUGAUUUAGAUCAGGAAGAGAAGAAGCCAAAAGAAGAGGAAGAAGAAAAGGUGAAGGAGGGUAAGGAGAAGAAGAAAGAAAAAGAAAAAGGCAAGGAAAAGAGUGUGGAGAAGAAGAGAAAACUUGAGGGGAAGGAGAAGGGCAAGGAUGUCGGGAAACUACAGCAGAAGUUGGAUAAGAUCAAUGCCAAAAUAGAAGCUCUCAUGGAGGAAAAGGCAGACAUCAUGAGGCAAAUGAAGGAACCAGGGGAGGAGACUCAUGUCUCCACAUAGAGGCCCAAAGAUACAGCAGUGGUUGCAGCUGCUGUGGCAUACAACUGUUUUGUAGAAUGCUUUGUUCCUUACUUUUUUUUUUUUUUUUUUGAGUACAUGGUUCUAUGUGGUGAAUAAAUGUGGUACUACCUCAGGUUGAAUAAAGUGUUUCUUAUUUUGGCUUUAA